UAUAACUGGCUCUCAGAAAAACCUAAAAGUACAAAAUUUCAGAAUUAAAGAAAGGAAGAUAUGACCGAUACUUCCACGUGUUAACACAUACAGCUGGUAGCACACAGCGUCCAUAACUCGAGUAAUUCCAGAUGGUUACCACAGAAAUUUGAGAACAAUAAAACCCGCCAGCCAGUUUGCAACUACAAAUAUAAUUCAUUCAGUUGAAAGCAAAAUUGCUGGCUCCUGCGAACGAAAAUGCAGAGGAGAAGUAAUCGACCAUCGCCAUUGCCAGUGGCAUCUCCUGCUCCAGAGGAUAACCAUUCUCCGCUCAAAUCAACCAUUUUCAACAAAAGGAAGAGGACUAUAGCAGCUAACGCCUCCCGUUCGACUCCAGCUUCCGCUUUCUUCAACCUCCAAUCCUCACCGCCUAAUCACAAAACCCUAACCACCAUCUCCGACCUCAAGGAAUUUGUGUCUUCUCGACUGGAGGAUAUAAAGCAUAACCUCAUCGACCGAUCUCACUCUGAGAUUCUUAAGGAUCUUGACGCCUCUCACUGGCGCCUCCAUAAGCGCUUCAAGAUCCAGACACAAGCAUGCCAACAAGCGAUUGAGGAAGCUGAAAAGGAAUACAAGAAGAUAUUGGAAAAGAUUGAUGAAAGCCAUGAAGCAAUGAAAGCUUCAUAUGCAGAAUUCAUGGCAGAUGCACAAGCCACUGCUUCCCGUGUUUGCAAAACUUCCAUUUCUGAGCUUUCUAAGUCAUUUGAGAAACGAAUUGACGAUCUCCGCAGCCAAUUUGGAAUGCCAUCCGCUUAGAUUUGAUUCUGAAACUGAACGACACUCCCCUCUGGAUCUUCUUUUAUGGAACUGAUGAAAAGCAAUUUGGCUUUUGGAGGACCUGUAUAAUUUGCAGAGCAAUGGACUUUUAUUGUUGGACAAAUAGUGUGUGUAGUGUAUUGCUAUGUCGUGGUAGCUAGCUGUUUCUGUUUUGGGAAAAUUAAGCUUAAUUAGCUAAAACAGAUCAAAAAUAAAAUGUUGGCUCAAGGUUCCGCUAACAAUUUAGGUGGAAGUAGAAAUCAUCUCAACACACGGGCAAAAACAUGCCUCAAUGAAACAACCCGUUUA